AUGGGGCAGCCCGGGUACUUGGAAAUUUUCCCGCGUGCUGGAACGAAGCAGCCGCGCCUGCUGCAGAAGCUGGAGCAGAUGCUGGGGGACAAGCUGCGUGCUGCCGAGAGGCUCGUCCAGGGGCCGGUGUUCGAGGCGUUCAUUCAAGCUUUCACAACGUACAAGCCGCUGCUGUCGGCGAUCAAGAGGGAAUACGACAGCGUGCUGGACGACUCUCUGAAGAGCGCGCACGAGAACGUGGUGAUGCGCGCGGAGCUCGCCGUGGCGGAGCAGCGCAAGAACCGCGCGGUGGAGGAGGCAAGGGCUGAGGCUGCUGCGUCGGCGGCCUCCCUUCGGGCUGAGCUGCAUGCCCGUCUCAUGGAAGCCGAAGAGCGCUCCCGUAAGGCGGAAGCUCGCGAGGCGAAGCUCGAGAGCGAAGUGAAGCGCCUGCAAUCUUCCCUCGCAAAGUUGCAAGAAGACCUCGAGGGUGCCAAGCGAGCAAAUCAGAGCUUGACAGCUCAGAUGGUCGCCGAGUCGUCAUGGGCGGCGAAACCGCUGGCAGGCCAAAUUGCCGCGGUUGUCGUGGGCAAGAAAUCUGAGCCUGAACAGAAAGGCGACAAGGCUCAGUGA